AUGUCACAUUCACAUCACGCUCAAGAUGAUUUUGAAGUGGAAACUGAUUUAAUCACUUUAUCAAGAUUUAUCUUAACUUCUCAACAAAAAGUUGCAACUCAAGCAACUGGUGAAUUAACUUUAUUAUUAAAUUCUUUACAAUUUGCUUUUAAAUUCAUUGCUCAUAAUAUUAGAAAAGCUGAAUUGGUUAAUUUAAUUGGUCUUGCUGGUGCUUCAAAUUCUACUGGUGAUGCUCAAAAAAAAUUGGAUGUUAUUGGUGAUGAAAUUUUCAUUAAUGCAAUGAAAGCUUCUGGUAAUGUUAAAGUUUUAGUAUCUGAAGAACAAGAAGAUUUAAUUGUUUUUGAAGGUCCAGGUAAUUAUGCCGUUGUUUGUGAUCCAAUUGAUGGUUCUUCAAAUAUUGAUGCAGGUGUUUCAGUUGGUACAAUUUUCGGUAUUUAUAAAUUAUUACCAGGUUCAAAAGGUUCAAUUAAAGAUGUCUUAAGACCAGGUACUGAAAUGGUUGCCGCUGGUUAUACCAUGUAUGGUGCUUCUUCACAUUUAAUGUUAACUACUGGUCAAGGUGUUAAUGGUUUCACUUUAGAUACUUCAUUAGGUGAAUUUAUCUUGACUCAUCCAAAUUUAAAAAUUAGUGAUGAAAAACAUAUUUAUUCUGUUAAUGAAGGUAAUACUCCUUAUUGGACUAAAGAAACUCAAGAUUUCAUUGCAAGUUUAAAAGAACCAAAAUUUAAUGGUAAACCUUAUAGUGCAAGAUAUAUUGGUUCAAUGGUUGCUGAUGUUCAUAGAACUUUAUUAUAUGGUGGAUUAUUUGCUUAUCCAUCUGAUUCAAAAUCUAAAAAUGGUAAAUUAAGAAUCUUAUAUGAAUGUUUCCCAAUGGCUUUCCUUUUUGAACAAGCUGGUGGUAGAGCUAUUACUGAUGAUGGUAAAAGAAUUUUAGAAUUAACUCCAAAAGCUAUUCAUGAUAGAUCUGGUAUUUGGUUAGGUAGUAAAGCUGAAAUUGCUAGAUAUUUAGAAGCAACUGGUGGUGCUAAAUAA